AUGAUCUUACGGGACGCUCUGUUGGCUUCUCUCUCGAGGCUGCCCGGGACGCGUGAGUUCCAUAUACACGUUCUCCUCUCAUCUCCCAGAAAACACUCCGGUCUCUUUCCCUAUGCCCACCCUCGGCCUCGAGCGUACCUUCAGGACCUGCUCGUCCUGCUAUCUGAGCAGCAGCCAAACUCGCCUCGUGUGUUGGUAACUGCAAUUGAGGCGUCCAUAUACAACGUUCCUGUGACGUCUAGUGGCGUACUGUACAUCUCAAAAGUUGAUUCGUCGGGGCACGCCACCUUGCCAUCGCCCACUACGAGUCUCGUGCGCGCGUUGCUUGCAUUCUACGGUGAUCCCACAACGCGACCGUUGACUGCCGACCACUUUUGGAUCCAGUUGUUCGCGCGAGCGCAGGGCCAAUACCUCUUCCCGAACUCUGCCGAGUUCUCUGGAAAGAGUCCUCUGACUGGCAUACAACUGUGCGCUUGGUGGCAGCGUGUAUUGUCGGAUGUAGCGACUCAACUCAUGGCGCAGAAUCAACAGCUAAAGCUUGGCCUAUACUACGUUCUACCUGGUUUAAGCGAGGUGGAGGCGGUACAUUCGCUGGAUGCAGCCCGUACUCGUCCCCUCGCGACUGACUGCCCGUGGACUUAUGGGCAUCCGUACUCCCAGAUGGAAAUUCCCCUACCAUGCCCCGUCGGGAAGACGGUCGAUGAACGGUCAAGUCUUGGCCAUUUGAUCCCAUCCUUCGAUGACGAUCCCAAGUCUCGUUUCAUGGAUGAGAUUGCACACACCACAGACAGUGAAGGUGUCAAGUCCCCCAAGACGAAGCGCCCUAAAACCAGCCACCAUCCGAGCGGCGCGUCGCGGGACGACAAAGACGACGAAGAUGACGCACACGAGGCACGGCACGGCGAGAUUGAGCGGGUCUCACCGGACGAGUUCUGGGAGCGCAUGUCUUUCCGCCAGGAAUGUAUUGCAGGCGUCGUGACAGCUUUCUUUGCUAUGGGCCUAUCGACACCUAUUGCAGGCAGGAGUGUCCCCGCUUCAUCCCCACUGGCACCGCAACCUGGUCAAGUCGCUCCCCGGAUGGUUCGGCGCGUCGUGGCUACACUUCUGAAUCAUCAUGAAUUCUCCACGACGGAGCGCGCAGUGCGUGCAACAGAGACGCUAGAAGAGGCUGUCAAGGGUCUUUGCGAGGACCUCAAGUCCGCGGCCGCUCCAUUGCAGUCCCACCGCACUGUGACACCAGAGCGGGAGACUACGAGCGUAACCCUCGAAGUGCCUCGCACACCCCCGCGCCGGGUAGGCGGUUACCCGUCCAUCGCCGAUGUCUCGCCGAACCCGUUCGAUGAACCCGUGGCAUCGCUGGAGACUUAUCGCUCGUACAUCUACGGCACGAUCUCAGUCAGCAAUGCUUCUCUUCUUCCCAAGGACAGAGGCGACGUCGCAGGUCGAGACACGAAGGAGGCUCCGGCGCAGACUGUAACUGUUUUAGCGGUGCGUAAGAAGCGGAAGGUGGCUUCUUGA